GUGACGUGGAUUUUUCUCCCACUUUGAAAAAAGAGAGGGGUCUUGCAACAUCUACAAGUAUUCGUGUAUAAUUCCAUGAUCCCAGGACCAUCCUUGACGGAUAAUUAUAGUCAACCAAGAUGCCUCCUCGACGGCAGUGGAUAGACAAAAAGAGUGCGACCAAAUACCAGCUUUUCCACCGAUCGCAGCAGGAUCCUUUAAUCCAUGAUCCAGAAGCAGAUGAUCGAGUUUUAUACCAGGUGUCUGGUCCGAAACCAGACACCCAAAUAGAUGCAUCUGCAUCGACUGCAUCACAGAAAGCCUCCAGAAAUCUAGCAGACUUAGAACAGGAAUUCCACCAAGAGGGUAUUCGGAAAAAUGAGGGAGAAGCAGCGAACUAUGGCAUUUUCUACGAUGAUACGAAAUACGAUUAUAUGCAACAUCUGCGGGAACUCGGCACCGGCGGAGGAAAUUCAUACUUCGUUGAAGCUGCGUCCAAGAAGGGCAAGGGAAAAGAAAAGGCAGUGAAACUUGAGGAUGCGCUGCGAGACCUUGCCUUCGAUGAUGAUUCAAAAAGUCAGAUUGUGGGAGCCGAAAGCGUUUCCGGCACACAAUAUGCACCGUCUAGCGUUGCUUCGUACGUGAAGAAGCCUACAUACCAGGAUCAACAAAAUAUACCAGAUGCUAUUGCCGGAUUCCAACCGGAUAUGGACCCUCGUCUACGGGAGGCUCUGGAAGCUCUUGAAGACGAGGCUUUUGUGGAUGAUGAGGAUAAUGACGAUGUUUUUGGUGAACUCACUCACAAUGCCGAAGAAUUACACGCUGGGGAUUGGGAGGAUACCAUAUACGACUAUGAAGAUGAUGGCUGGGAGUCAGACGUAACCGAAAAAGCGGUUCCUCGGACGGAUUCAGAAGACUCUCUUGCAAAGGAUUCUGAGGAUGGCACGACACAGACACACGGUCCUUCUGAAAUGCCUGAUCAUGAUAAGCCCGUUCCAGAUCUUACUCCAGAGAAUUCAGACUGGAUGCAAGAGUUUGCCAAGUUCAAAAAAGACGCUAAAAGCUCAAAUAUGCCAGCUGCUGUACAGGAAGAAGCUUCUGAGAGGCGUACGGCUGCAUCUACUAUGUUCACUGUGGGAGGUACUCCAAUUCGUAAGAAGAAGCGCAAAGGAGCUAUGACCAAUCCUUCAGCGUAUUCCAUGACAUCAUCCUCUCUGGCCAGAACAGACGGACUGCGGCUACUGGAUGAUCGUUUUGAUAAAGUCGAAGCGUUGUACGCCCUUGAUGAAGAGGGUGAAUAUGACGAUGCCAGCUUUGUAGAUGGUGCCUCAAUCGUCAGUGGUAUGACGGGUAUGACGGGCAAGACUGGUAUCUCUGCAGUAUCAUCUCAAGCACCCAGUCUUGCCUCUAGAAAUGAUUAUGGCGACGUCCCCCUCCGAAGUGAUUUUGACAAUGUCAUGGAUGACUUUUUGUCCGGCUGGCAAGAUAGGAGUAAACAGGCCAAACGCAAGGGCGCCAAGGGCAAAAGGGGCAAGAAUGGAAACGAAGCUUUGGGCAUUGCGAUGCUAGAUGAGAUUCGACAUGGUCUAGGACCUGCCCGAAUUUCUUCGAAAGGCGAAGCAUAGGUCGGAGAUAGAAACCUAAUCGACAUUUAGCCUUGGUUUACUUUCACUUUAUACAGCUUCAAUACUUGUAACCGCGUCUCUUGAUACCUUUUCAUGCUAUGUUUUUUAUAGAUAGAUUGAGAACGAUUGACAGUAUCUGAAUAAGUCAGCUU